AUGUCGAACGCUAAGGAUUUGGUUUCUUUGCUUACGAAGCUUAAUGUAAAGGAUGAAAAAGUGCACAUUGAUGCCAUACAGACAAAGUACGAUACUCUCUCGAAGACUCUCGGUGAAGAGGAGACAAGUAGAGCUAUUCUCAACGAACUUCUAGAUUCUGAGCAAUACUCUGCGAUUAUAAAAGCUCACCGUAAGAUACCUGUUCUUUUUUCCCCUAGUGCGACCGCAAAGCCCAAUAGUUUUUCAGCUUACGAACAAUAUGCUUGUUAUAAGGUGGGUAAGGAAAAGAAAUUUGCAUCUGAUUCGGACGUAUCCCUUAUUGGAGAUGAAUUGAUGAGUCUUGAAACUCUAACAGAUUCCCAAAGACAGCUUUUGCACAUAUACGCUCAAAACUUGUUAAAAAAAAAGAAACCUAAGAAGGCGUAUGAAGUAUACCAGAAAUUGCUAGCCAUUCCACAUGAGCUCGAUAAUACUGCAGAAUUGGCAUGCAAUAAAGAAGCUGCUCUUUCAGAAAUUCCUGAAUUGGUUGGAAAUGUUACUCUUGAUAAGGAAUUCGAUACAUACGAUAUCUCGUUUAACAAAGCAUGUCAAUUGUGUUCAAUCAGGAACCAUGAAGCUGCACUAGAGUAUGCAGAAAGAGCAUUCAACUUAGCACAAGAAGAUGAUGCAGCGGUCGAAGAUUUAAGAGCAAUUAAAUUACAAAUUUCAUAUAUACACCAGGUGCUUGGUCACAAAGAAGAGGCUAAAUCACUCCUCAAAGAAAUAGUCGAAAAUUCCGCCGAUCAAAAUGACUUGAAUACUGUACUUGCCAAGGCCAAUUUGAAAUCCUACGUGAGUAUCUCAAAGUUUAAGGAUAAUUUGCCUUUAUUAUUACGUGAACUUGACACACCAACCCUAACAGGAAAACACUCGCAAUUUUCAUUCCAACAAGCACAAAUUAUCUCUAGCAACAUUGAACUUUUGAAAGUGUUCAGUAACAACAAAGCUGGUAAAAAUAAAACAAGUGUCCAUUCAAUUGCCAACAAGUUCUACACUGAAAAUGUGGGUAACGUUUUAUAUGAACCCUAUGAAAACCAAGCUGAUGCUCUAUGCAAGAAACUAGAUAGGUCUGCCAAGGCAGAAAUAAAAAACGAACAGAAACUUUUGAUUCAAACAUUGGUGUGUGUGCAAGUACUAGUUAAAGCAGGAAAUCUGGAUAAAGCUUUGGUUGUAGCUGAAAAAGUUUGGAAUCAUUUCCCUAUGGAAGAAUUAUCUAAAUAUAAACGUAUUCUUUCCUAUGUUUUGCUAAACUUAUACGAUGCUACUAACAGGUCUUCUUCAACUUCAAAGCAUUUAUCGAAGCUAUUAAGAUUAUAUUCAGAGCAGGUUCUUGAAGAAGAUGUUUCUUUCUGGGAGUUCAUCGCUUUCAAAUUUUUAGAACAAGGCCAAACUCAAAAGGCUGAGCGAAUUUUCAGAGCACUCGCUGCCAAAGAUAACAAUUCUGCUUCUGCAAAAUACAUCGCGAAAGCAGACGCCAGCGACCUUGGUGACUAUGUCGAUGCUAAUGAUAUCAACGGAGUUAUCGUCGAUGUUAAUGUUGACUCCCUCCUUAAUGCAGGAAUUUCAGUAUUCGAGAAUGGUAAGAGUAAAUCGUCGGUGAUCAAAUCAACUCCAAAGAAGAAAAGAAGAGUGCACAAAAACAAGAAACUACCAAAGAACUUUGACGAGUCUAAGAAGUUGGAUCCUGAAAGAUGGUUACCGUUAAAGGAGAGAUCAACUUAUAGGGUUAGCAAAAAGAACAUUUCUGGGAAGAACACUCAAGGUUUUAAAGCAUCUAAGGCUUCAGAAGCCAAAUUAGAUAUCACUAAGAAAGCCGUGAAGAAGCCAGCAGGUAAAAAAACGUCAAAUGCUAAAUCUAAAAACUCGCGUAAGCAUUAG